CCCUGUCCUAUAAAGAGCUGUUUUGCUUCAAUUGAACAUAAAACCUUAAUCGAUACUGGUAAAUAUUUGCUGCAAUCAACAACUCUCGGUUUUUUAAUAAAUAAUUAAGCACCCCUAAUGUGAAAAACAUCAAUUAUAGUGUUUGUAUUCACUGACAACUCCCCAUAUUCAGUGUCUAUUAAGAUGGCUCGUGGAUUGAAAUUUAAAACUUUAAAUAAGACUAUAGUGCACUUUUGCCAAGAAACAAGCUUACACGGGUGGAAAUACGUUGUCUUACAGCACACAUCCAAGUUUGAAAGACUCAUAUGGUUAAUUCUAUGUGGCACCUCCUUAGGAAUCGCCAUUUACUUCCUCACAACAGCUUGGAUGACUUAUGAGUCCAGUCCAACAAUCACUUUAACUGAAUCCACUCAGUUUGAAAUUUACAAGUACCCAUUCCCGGCCGUUACUUUGUGCAGUUUUAAUAAAAUAUCGAAAAGGGCCGCAUAUGAUAUGGCUAAAAAGCUGAACGAAAACUCAUCCAGCAUAGAAUCUUUAGCGCAAAGCUUUAAAUUAUUAUAUCAUCUGGUAAAUUAUAACAAUCAAAACAUCCCUCGAAGUGAAUAUGAUAGACUGAAUCAAGUUUUGAGGUCCAGAGGUAAAACUGAGGAAGAGGUGUUUGAAGCGAUUUCCCCUUCAUGCCAUAAACUAAUCAAAAAAUGCUUCUGGAAAGGAGAACGUAAGAAAUGCGAGGAUAUGUUUGAGAAAAUUAAGACCCCCAUUGGCUAUUGUUGUGCCUUCAACUACUUCGGCUUAAGGAAUAUGUCCCGUAAAAAGACAGCAUUUAGAUAUCCGAGUAGGACGUCAUCUUGUGGUUUUCAAAGUGGCUUGGAAGUGCUCAUUGAUAAUGACCCAAAUGAUUAUUUUGCCACGCAUAUUCCUUCAAUUGGAUACAGGGUCUUAAUUCACUAUCCUUAUGACAUCCCAGACUGGUCGGUACGUAAUACUUUAUGCGAAAUAAGCACGAAUAACUUCAUAGGACUAAAUCCGGAAAUUAUUACUGCCACUGAUAAUAUAAAGGGCAUGUCCGCUAGUGACCGGAAGUGCCUUUUUCCUAAAGAGCGCACUUUGGAAAUGUUUGAAAGUUACACAUUUCAUAACUGUUUGAACGAGUAUCUAAAAAACAAGACGAGGAUCUGCUCACUUAAGGAUAUACAGUGCAUUUUUGAAAAGGAGAGUUUGUACUUAAAUCUGAUGUUCAACGAAACUUACUCCACCCAAAGAAACAGAGAGUUCAAUGGAAAGUGUCGAUGUUUAUCAAGUUGUGAGAGUGUGACGUAUACCCCGGAAGCUUCUAAGGGCGCACUUUACAAUUCGUUUUCAACCAACCAGUUCUUGAUAUCUUCAGGGGUUAACGUGGAAAAUCACACAAUUAUCAGAGUUUUUUUUAAUGAUCUCUUGGGUACGAGGCAUCGGAGGGAUGCUGUCUAUACUUGGCAUACAUUAUUAGGAUACUAUGGAGGGAUUCUUGGCUUGUUCACUGGAUUCAGCUUUAUUUCCGCCGUAGAAAUAAUCUACUUUCUCGUUAUUGGAUGUUUUACACGAGGCAAUAUGAAAAAAUCCAAAAAAACCACUCAAAACGACGUAUUCAAGUUUGCAGAAACUAAAACCAAUUAA